UAAGAGGCUGUACAAAUAACUUCUAGGACGCCACUAACGCAUUCAGCAGAAAGAGACCCCGAGCUGCCAAUGCUUCAGGGAAGAUAAGUGCGUGGAAAGAAGGUGGUUUUUAUAGUGUCAGGAGGACAGCAGGAUUUUGCAGGGUUGGGUGUGAGCUCCGCCCCUGCAGCAGAGCUGAAAAAGCCAGGAUCCGGGCUCCUCAACCUCUCUCUUCACAAUAUUUGAUUAGGAAUUUGGGGGCGGGCCCUGGCCUGGCACAUACACGCACAUUCUCAGUAGACACCCUCACUCCUCUCCCUCUCAUACGCUCUCCAACCAAAGAGGCCAGACAGAAGGACGUGGUCACUCUCUGAAAGGUUCAACUCGAGAGAGACAACAUGCAGUGGGCUUCCCUCCUGCUGCUGGCAGGGCUCUGCUCCCUCUCCCAGGCCCAAUAUGAGGAAGACUCCCACUGGUGGUUCCACUACCUCCGCAACCAGCAGUCCACCUACUACGAUCCCUACGACCCCUACCCUUAUGAGCCCUAUGAGCCUUACCCCUACGGGGGAGAGGAAAGUCCAGCCUAUGCCUAUGGUUCUCCACCCCCACCAGAGCCCCGCGACUGCCCCCAGGAAUGCGACUGCCCCCCCAACUUCCCCACAGCCAUGUACUGUGACAACCGUAACCUCAAGUACCUGCCUUUUGUCCCGUCCCGCAUGAAGUAUGUCUACUUCCAAAACAACCAGAUCUCUUCCAUCCAGGAGGGCGUUUUUGACAAUGCCACUGGGCUGCUCUGGAUUGCUCUCCAUGGCAACCAGAUCACCAGUGAUAAGGUGGGCAAGAAGGUCUUCUCCAAGCUGAGGCACCUGGAGAGGCUGUACCUGGACCACAACAACCUGACCCGGAUGCCCGGCCCACUGCCUCGAUCCCUGAGGGAGCUCCACCUCGACCACAACCAGAUCUCGAGGGUCCCCAACAACGCACUGGAGGGGCUGGAGAACCUCACCGCCUUGUACCUCCAUCACAACGAGAUCCAGGAAGUGGGCAGUUCGAUGAAAGGCCUCCGGUCACUGAUCUUGCUGGACCUGAGUCACAACCAUCUUCGGAAGGUGCCUGAUGGACUGCCCUCAGCCCUUGAGCAGCUGUACCUAGAGCACAACAACGUCUACUCGGUCCCCGACAGCUACUUCCGGGGGUCGCCCAAGCUGCUGUACGUGCGGCUGUCCCACAAUAGUCUCACCAACAAUGGCCUGGCCUCUAACACCUUCAAUUCCAGCAGCCUCCUUGAACUCGACCUGUCCUACAACCAGCUGCAGAAGAUCCCCCCAGUGAACACCAACCUGGAGAACCUCUACCUCCAAGGCAAUAGGAUCAACGAGUUCUCCAUCAGCAGCUUCUGCACCGUGGUGGAUGUCAUGAAUUUCUCCAAGCUGCAGGUGCUGCGCCUGGACGGGAACGAGAUCAAGCGCAGCGCCAUGCCGGCCGACGCUCCCCUCUGCCUGCGCCUGGCCAGCCUCAUCGAGAUCUAAGCGGCCCACGCACUGGGCGCAGGGCCAGAGCCCCCACACCCCUCUGCAUUUGGCUUGAUGGUUUGGUUUGGCUUUUGCUGGAAGGCCUGGGACAGACCGUGUGACAGAAGUCCAUGGGCUCCCUCUGUAGUCUUCUUCCCUGUAGGCAGGUUUAGGUGGAAUCAGAGGACAGGCAGCCUUCUGCUUCUGAGGGACACAAAACUCUCUUUUCCAGGACAGAAGAGGUGGCGGAGGGAGUAAGCCCUGAAGUCCCAACCCCAGAAAUCGCAUUACCCGUUCUUCACAAUAAUCUGGUGUCAUGAACCUUAAAAGUUGCUUGAGCAAUAGUACAUGAUCGUACUUUUUAAACAAUCACUGACUCUGAGCAGUGCUUGACAGCUCUCCCACAUGCUGUUUGUGCAGUUACUCUGGGCUCCCACUCGCUGCUUCUCAGAAUAUACCUCUCGUCCAACUGCCUCCUCCUAAGUCCACCCCAUCCACUCAACCUUGCCCCACAGACACCUCUGCUUUAGGCAGAGGCAUGAGACCCGAAGGCACAUGCGCAUCUGCCCAGUGCCUGUGCGGAGAACUCACACUCGUGUCUGAGGUUGGAAGGACACCAAGAGUCACCCCUACACCAGUCACCGGGAUGAUGACCGCAUUCCUGGCUUGAUGUGGAAGGAGACAACCAACCUCAGGCUUAGCUAAAUGUAUGGGGCUAUAUUUUAGCAGCCAGGCAGUUCUUUGGAGGUGGAUCACACUUCAAAAGAGGAAAGGCCAGAUUCUGUUUAUUAUCAGUAUCCAUCAUGGAGGCAAACACACCUCGAAUUGGCUGAACUGAGGAAGCAGCCCCAGUAGCUUUAUUCUUACCCAGCACUCCCUGCAUUGCCAGCAGCUCCCUAUUUGGGUCUUUAUCUUCAAAGGCAGAGGCCAUGUGGUUCUCAAUGCAUGAGAGAGUUAAUUUGUCCUCUCCUCUUAUGCAAGGAGAAAGGUCUAUAUCCUGAUGGGAGAGACAGACUCCAACCAGCCCUGGACUUGCCAAAGGAGGAGGCUGUGGUAUGCAUUGUUUUUGUAUCUGUAUUAAUUGUUUUGUCUUAAGGCCACAGUUAAUAGUAAUAGCUCUGGCUGGAGAUGCUCAUUGGGUCCAUGAAGCCCAGGCCAGGCAGCCAAAUCUUGCCUGUACUGAGCACAAAACCCUCUGCUUUCACAUUUCUGAGCUACACCCUCAUUACUGAAGACAGCUAUUGCUUUAUAGCUUGGCUGGAGAGCAAUUAAUUCUUCCCAUUUCUGAAUGUAGUGUUGCCUGGGGACCUGACCCUUCUCCUCUUUGGGGUACCAUUGGGAUAGAGCCAUCUGGGCAGCCACGGGCAGGUACUACUUGAGGAGAGCUAACCCAAACCUGCUCCCUGCCCAGAUGCCAUUGUGUCCCUGAUACAGUGUAUGCUUUGAAGCAGUUUCCCUGAAAAGGGAAGAGGGGAUCCUUGGACUAUGUUCUUGGCUCCAGAUCCUGAAAUCCACAAAAGCCAAACCAGCUCAUUUCAACAAAGGAGUUCUGAUGUGAGGGGCAAGGCUGCCCCUUGCCCCAGGGCUCUUCAGAAAGUAUCUGCAUGUGAACACCAUCAUGCCUCUAUACAGGAUCCUUAUCACAGGAAAAGCAUGAGUGGUGACUAACCCAACCAAUAAAGUUAUUUUACAAUUGCA